AUGGGGCGACCGGCCUUGCUGUUGCUCGUGAUGUGUGCUGCCGGCUCCCAGGGGCUCUACUUCCACAUCGGCGAGACAGAGAAGCGUUGCUUCAUAGAGGAAAUCCCCGACGAGACCAUGGUCAUCGGCAACUAUCGAACCCAGAUGUGGGACAAGCAGAAGGAGGUUUUCCUUCCCUCGACCCCUGGCUGGGGCAUGCAUGUGGAGGUGAAGGACCCCGACGGUAAGGUGGUACUGUCCGGACAGUAUGGCUCCGAGGGCCGUUUCACGUUCACCUCCCACACCCCCGGUGAACAUCAGAUUUGUCUGCACUCCAAUUCCACUAGAAUGGCCCUCUUCACCGGUGGCAAACUGCGUGUGCACCUAGACAUCCAGGUCGGGGAGCAUGCCAACAACUACCCUGAGACUGCAGCUAAGGAUAAGCUGACGGAACUGCAGCUCGGUGCUCGCCAGUUGCUUGAUCAAGUGGAACAGAUCCAGAAGGAGCAGGAUUACCAGAGGUAUCGUGAAGAACGCUUCCGUCUGACCAGUGAGAGUACCAACCAGAGGGUCCUGUGGUGGUCCAUCGCUCAGACAGUCAUCCUUAUCCUUACUGGCAUUUGGCAGAUGCGUCAUCUCAAGAGCUUCUUUGAGGCCAAGAAGCUGGUGUAGUGUCCUCUCUGUAUGACCCUUUUUACUUUAGUUCUUUGGUACUUUCUCCAACCAAUCCCUUAACCACCUGGAUUUUGAGGGGGGAAAAAAAUGCAAAAGAAUAUGACAUGUUGGUAGCAUGGCAACAAACCAUUCUGAUCAGUAACUUGUUUAACCUUGAUUCUCAUGGACACAGGACAUUGGUCCAAGAUUUCAAAUUCUAUUUUAGGGCUUAUAAGGAAUUGAAACUAAUAUAAG